UAGACUGACUAAAGACAAAACAACUUCACCUUGACUCAUUCAUCUGAGGUUAUUAUCACUAUAACCUCACAGGCUUUUGAUUGAAAUAUCUUUUUUCUCUCAACUGAUAUGGAUAUUUUCGAUUAAUUUCUUACAAACUUCUUGAAAAGUUUUUUUUUUUUAAUUACAUUUUUUUUUUUCUGCCGAGGAACAAGUGUGCAGAACAUUUGACACAAUGGCACUGGACACAGAUUUUGGUGUGAAGGGCAGCAGCAUCAUCAGGGAAUGGAGUGGACAGGUCCAGCCUGCUCUGGUCGCCUCUUUUGUGUUCCUCUUCUGUCUGGAAGCCUGUCUGUGGGUCAGAAACCUCAGGCUGAAGAGAAGACUGCCAGGACCCUUCGCCUGGCCAGUGGUGGGCAACGCCAUGCAGCUGGGCCAGAUGCCUCACAUCACCUUCGCCAAGCUCGCCAAAAAAUAUGGCAAUGUGUACCAGAUACGUCUGGGCUGCAGCGACAUUGUAGUUCUGAAUGGAGACAGGGCGAUACGGGAGGCGCUCAUACAGCACAGCACUGAGUUUGCAGGCAGACCAAACUUUAUCUCCUUUCACUUUGUCUCAGGGGGGAAAAGUAUGACAUUUACUAAUUACGGCAAACAGUGGAAAGCACACAGGAAAAUUUCCCAGUCCAGCCUCAGAGCCUUUUCCUCGGCAAACAGUCAGACCAAAAAAGCGUUUGAGCAACACAUCACGGCCGAGGCCAUGGAACUGGUGCAGAUAUGUUUGCGCCACAGCACUGAUGGACGGUAUUUUGACCCUGCUCCUGUUACAGUAGCUGCUGCUAAUAUCAUGUGCGCUCUCUGCUUCGGGAGGCGGUACGGACAUGAAGACCAGGAGUUCAGGACCAUUUUGAAAAAGUUGGACAAGUUUGGGGAGACAGUUGGGGCAGGUAGCUUGGUGGAUGUCAUGCCCUGGCUUCAGUCCUUCCCGAAUCCAGUUCGCAGUGUCUAUGAAAACUUCAAAAACCUCAACGAGGAGUUUUUCACCUUUGUGAAAGACAAAGUGGUGCAGCAUAGAGAGUCCUUCAACCCUGAUGUGACCCGUGACAUGACUGACGUCAUCAUCAAAGGGAUCGAGCACAGUCAGGACAGCGGACUGACCAAAGACUUUGUCGAAGCAACGGUCACAGAUCUAAUUGGAGCGGGUCAAGACACAAUAUCAACUGUCAUGCAGUGGAUCCUGCUGCUCUUGGCCAAAUACCCAGACAUGCAAGCCAAACUGCAGGAGCUCAUAGACAAAGUAGUAGGCCAAGACAGACUGCCAUCAAUUGAGGACAGAAGCAGCCUGACACACCUGGACGCCUUCAUCUAUGAGACCAUGCGCUUCAUCAGCUUCGUCCCCUCACCAUCCCCCACUCCACCACCUCAGACGUCCACUAUCGAGGGUCUCCACAUCCCCAAAGACACAGUGGUCUUCAUCAAUCAGUGGUCCGUCAACCAUGACCCCCUGAAGUGGAAGGACCCUCGUUUUGACCCCGCACGCUUCCUUAAUGAAAACGGGGCCCUCAAUAAGGACAUAAUCAGCGGUGUGAUGAUUUUCUCAACGGGUAAAAGACGCUGCAUCGGCAAUCAGAUCGCCAUGGUUGAGGCGUUUUUAUUCACAGCCGUCCUGCUGCACCAGUGCAGCUUUGAGAGCAACCCUUCUGAGCCCCUCACUCUUGACUGCUCGUAUGGGCUCACACUGAAGCCCCUCCGAUGCCGUGUCAGCGCCAAGCUCAGGGGCAAGCUGCUUGGCUUAGUUUCCCCAGCAUGAACAGCCCAAUACAGUGACUCAAGGCCAGCAAACACUUUUCCAUCAAUGACAAUUAACAGUGAGUAUCACAAUACCUGCACUACAUCCUACUGUUGUAUGAUUUUCAUAUUUAAUGAUAUUUAAUGGCUAUGCUAACAUGGUCUGUAUUUGAAUUAUUGUUGGUGCAGGGCUGAGAAUAUGAUGGAAAAGAUGUAAUAUUAGCUACAGGUUGAAUUCAAGGUUGUUGAAUGAGUGCAAAGGUACAUUUCUGCUUUAGAAAUUAUUCCGUACUUGAUCAGAUUUUUUACAUAAUUCUGAGCUGUGUGCUUGUAUUACAUCCACUAUUGCGCAUGUACAUGUCUGAUGUGUUUGCAGAAACUAGCUACAUUCCUUAAAUGUCAAUUUAAACUAAUAUAACUGUAUAUGAAAUGCUCGUGAAUGUUAUAAAGUCACUUGAUGACUUCUUGUUCUUCUUUGUAAUAAGUAAGAAUAUGUUUAACCUAUGCCACGUAAAGCAGUAACACAAUAUUUUUUUAUAUCUUCAUAUUUCAGGUGUGACAAUCAAUGUAAUGAAGUUUAAUGUAUUUCACUAUCUACUGUACUCGAAUCAUAUGAACAGAUUAAUCAAAGAAUGCUGAUCAAAGUGAAGGAAAUGGGCUGGCAUGUUUGUGAAGGAGGAAGCCUUUCAUCAAGGGACAUCAUCACAGUCUUAAGGAUGAAGAAGAGAUAUUGCCAUGAACCAUGAACGCUUCACAAAGUAUGCACCCAGGGUUCUGAUUUACUGUAUAAGCACUGCAGCUACCCCGAUCCAAACACACAAGUCUCACCAGUACAACAAAACCACAUGUGCAGCAAAUUUCAUUCACUUAUGAGGCAUUCUCAAAAAAACUAUGUUGUUUACAAAGUCACUUUUUCAAAGCUACAUGGAUGUCACUGCGUUCUCUUUAAGCCUCUGCAUUCAGGAAGGGAUGCGUUUCUCUGCCUUGAAUGUUUAAGCAUUCCUCAUAGAGGAUAUUAUGUUAUCAAUAUGUUGCUUUUUAUGAUGGAAAAGUGGAACAAUAAGCUAUACAGGAAAAUAAU